GUGUUUACAAGCCUUUCUAUCCUCAUCUCCAAGGAGGAAGCCGGCACUUGUGUCUCUCCUCCAUGUUUCUGUAUUCCUGCUUUAUGCUUCUAUUCCUCAGGGGUUACUGGAUGGCCUGCUGCUAGCCCUCUAGAGGAGGACCCAGGUCUUCUGCAUGUCCUUCUCAAAUCCCCACUUCCUGAGACCUGAUAUGAACUGGGGGUCUCUCCAUCACCUGAUAAUCUGAGCUUCAAGCAAAGAGCAUCCCAAGAGUAAAUGAGUGACAGGGGCAUUUGGAACCAGGACCAGAAUAGUCCUCCUUCGCUCCUCCCACCUCCAAUGCUCCCCUCCCCUACGUUGUUUUCAGAGAUUCCCAGUCUCUCCACUCUGCUAAAGACAUCCCCCCCCCCACCCCCAAUUGCUACAACCUUCUUUCCAUCUGCUCCCUGCUUGAGCGGAGUGGCAAGGUGGAGUGGGGGAGGGGAGGGCUUCUAACUUGGGGUGAGGGGCCUGGGAAGCCAGCUGGGGCUGUGAGACUCAGCAGAACAAGGAGAGCUGUCUCCCUUGGUGUGAGGUAUCUUCCAGUUGGCCCUUGGCCAAUGCCUGGCUAUAAGUGGCUUCUUGUCUUCCUCACCCACUGCGCCCCGUCUCCUCUGUUUGUGGAAGAAAGACACGCUGCUAGAGAAUCUCAACUGGACAGAGGCCGCCAGAGGAUGGGCCUGGAACCAAAGCUUCCACUGGCGGGGGAGGGAAACGGGGCUUCGGCUCUGGAAGCCUGGCGGAUCUGCAGAGCGCUGUUGAGAGUGCUAAUGUAGCUGAAAUCAUAACAUGGACCCAGGAGUCUGUGGCUGGGCGUUUCCAGGGUGAAGAACCACUUGGUAUCAGACAGAGGAUCCUGUGGUCCUGUGCAUUGGUCCAACAAUGUCCCUGGAUGCAGUCGGUGUGGCUUCCUAGGUCACUGGGACUCUCUGUGGAAGCACCAAUGCAUUUGGCGGAUAGGGGAGGGAAAGGUGGAUGCGGGUGGGGACCUCAGGGGCCAGAGAGGGCUGUAUAGUGGGGAUACAGGUCAGGCUGUUCGCCGACUGGGUUCGCAAGGACACAUCGGGCGCUCUUCCGCCUCGUCUGACCGUCCCAGCAUCCGCAAAAAGAGUAGGGACCCUGAGCCCACCCGGGACCGGGCGAUAUCACUAACUUCUCAGGGCCUAAGGGCCAGGCUGCCCCCGGAACGGCCCUCGGCCGCCUCCUCGCGCUCACUUCCCUCGCUCGCUCGCUGGUUCGCUCUCUCUCUCUCUCCUGCUCCCUCUCUCGCUCGGGCACCAGCCCCCGCCCUCCGCUCGCUCGCCGCCCGCGGCUCCUCCUCACUCGUCCGUCGCCCGCGCCCGGUGCAGCUCGGCCAGAGCCACGGCGAGCUGCGCGUCCGCCAGGAGCCGCUGCCCUGAUCCUACUGCCCAGAUCCCUCUGCCUGGAUCCCAUUGCCUGAACCCCGCUGCACCAAUCCCUCUGUCUGUCUGGACCUCGGUCUGGGAUCCGGCUGCUUGGAGCCUUCUGUCCAUCUCUCUCUCUCUCCCUGGAUAGCACUGCCUGAUUCCGGCUGCUCGAAUCCUUCUGCCCGGACUCCACCGCACGGAUCCCUCUGCCUGGACCGACCACACGGAUCUCUCUGCGCCGACCCCAGCUCCGUAGCUACGAUGCCCGUGGCACGGCCACAAGCCGCGGGACCCGACAGGAUCUCUCUGUUCCUUGUCGCCUUCCUUCUGGGGAGCCCCGCGGCAGCUCAGGCGGAAGAUGGUGGUCCAGAGGGAGAGAUGCACCCUUCCACUGCCUACCUCCUGCCCUCUGCCUCGCUGGAGAGUAGCCUGGAAGAGGGGGUGACAUCAGCAGCCCCAGGUCUCCUGCCAUCCCAAGAAGCACUGGAAGCAAUGGAAGAGUCCUUGCCCCCUGCGCUGCCCGACGAGGCCAGUGUCCAGCACACGCCUGCCCUAAGGAAGGGUCUGCCGUCCCUGAAGCAACUCAACUCGGCCCGGAGGCAGCUGAGGCCCCUGGCUACCCCGACAACUCUGCAGAGACUGGGGUCUCCUGCCUCUGCCACCACGAAGCUGCGUGAGCCUGAAGACCCCGAGCAGCCCACGGCGCCUGCGCCACUGCAGAUCGCGCCCUUCACUGCACUGGCGACCACACUCCCACACAGCCCUCAGCCCGCUCAGGCCCCUGAUGACAGCAGCCCCGGUAGCCCGCUGGACAAGGGGGACAAUGAGCUGACCGGGUCUGCCUCCGAGGAGAGCCAGGAGACCACCACGUCCACCAUCGUCACUACCACCAUCAUCACCACGGAGCAGGCCCCAGCUCUCUGCGGUGUGAGCUUCUCCGACCCGGAGGGAUACAUUGACUCAAGUGAUUUCCCUCCACAACCCUACAGCAGCUUCCUGGAAUGCACUUACAAUGUGACGGUCUACACUGGCUACGGGGUGGAACUGCAGGUCAAGAGUGUCAACCUCUCCGAGGGGGAGCUGCUCUCCAUCCGAGGAGUGGACGGUCCCACUCUGACAGUCCUGGCCAACCAGACUCUACUGGUAGAGGGCCAGGUGAUCCGCAGCCCCACCAACACCAUCUCUGUCUACUUCCGGACCUUCCAGGAUGAUGGCCUCGGGACCUUCCAGCUACAUUACCAGGCCUUCAUGCUGAGCUGCCCCUUUCCCCGGAGGCCCGAUGCCGGAGAGGUCACGGUGAUGGAUCUGCACUCGGGCGGGGUGGCCCACUUCCAUUGCCACCUGGGCUACGAGCUGCAGGGAGCCAAGACGCUGACCUGCAUCAAUGCCUCCAAACCGCACUGGAGCAGCCAGGAGCCUGUCUGCUCAGCCCCAUGUGGAGGAGCAGUGCACAAUGCCACCAUCGGCCGAGUUCUCUCCCCCAGUUUCCCGGGAACCGCCAAUGGCAGCCAGCUCUGCGUGUGGACCAUAGAGGCUCCAGAGGGUCAGAAGCUUCACCUGCACCUUGAAAGGCUGCUGCUGCAUGAGAAAGACAGGAUGAUUGUCUACAGUGGAAGAACAAACACAUCUGCCCUCCUGUACGACUCUCUCAGAACAGAGAGCGUGCCCUUCGAAGGCCUGCUGAGCGAGGGUAGCAGUAUCCGCAUUGAGUUCACGUCGGACCAGGGCCAGGCAGCUUCCGCCUUCAACAUCCGCUUUGAGGCCUUUGAGAAAGGUCACUGCUAUGAACCCUACAUCCAAAAUGGGAAUUUCACCACAUCGGACCCCACCUACAACAUCGGCACCAUUGUGGAGUUCACCUGCGACCCCGGCCACUCUCUGGAACAGGGCCCGGCUGUCAUCGAGUGUGUCAAUGUGCGUGACCCAUACUGGAAUGACACAGAGCCUCUAUGCAGAGCCAUGUGUGGUGGGGAGCUCUCUGCUGUGGCUGGGGUGGUGCUGUCUCCAAACUGGCCAGAGCCCUAUGCAGAAGGUGAAGACUGUGUGUGGAAGAUCCACGUUGGGGAGGAGAAGCGGAUCUUCCUGGACAUUCAGUUCCAGGAUUUACUAAGCAUCUAGUACGUACCUCGGAGCUGCAGAGUCCUAGGGUUGCUACAGCAACACAACCAGCAACGCACGAAGCGAGUGUCCCUACUCUCGUUAAUUCGUUCCGCUAAAAAGACUGGUGUCCAAGAAGGGUGCACACAGACAAGCACACUCGUGACUUCAGUUGGCAGCCUAAGGAAGGGUCACGACCACUGGGGAUUUGACGUAAAGGAGGAGGGGAGGAAAAGCUUCCAUAGCAAAGCUCAGCGUACAGACAUGCGAGGGUCCUUUUCUUCCCUUUGUAUUACUAUGUGUUUACUUAUCUAUUGUGAGUGGAGGUUAGGGUGUGAUGAUCAUGGCUCGGCUCAUGUGGGACAAUCAAGGGACAGCUUUCAGGAGUCAGUUCUCUCCCUUUUACCUCUGGGUCCCAGGAAUCAAACCGGGGUGUUAGGUUGGUCAUCAUCAGGUGCUCUUGCGCACUAAGCCACCUUGCCAGCCUACAGUUUUUGAAGGACCAAACGGCCGGGGUGGGCAGCAGUGAAUGGUGCCGUGCCAUGAACCCUGGCCAUACCGUAGUUUUGUUUCUCCUUAUCUGCCUUCCUCGACUAAGUGCAGAUGUCCCUGUCAGUCGGGGCGUCGCCUUACUUUGCCGUUCGUUCUCAGGUUUAAUAUGGACCUUGGGCUACACUUGGUGACAGGGAAGUGUUUAGUGAAUGGUGACAGCUGCCCUAGGCUGCUUCCGAUGCUCCCUGGGCACAACCGUAGUGUGCUCAUCCUGAACACCUCCCAGUGCCCCAGGAGGGCAACUCUGAGCCCAGAGUGAAGGUCCAGGCUCUGGGCUCUUGUAUCUGAUAUCCUGAGGGCAGCUUCCAAGGACUUUGGGAGGGGAGGCAGCUGAGGCUCCACAGGCUAAGAGAGCAACAGCCUCUGGUGGCCUCUCAGCCACCUCCUCCCACUGCCCUCUGUGAGACAGAGACAGGGACAGAUGGUGGUGUCUAGAGAAAAAAAUGGUUUUCUGGCAGACCCAGGUGGCCGGGAAGAGUCCAGAAACAGGCGUCCCAGGGCCUCUGGCUCUCCAAGCAGCAGACGGGUCCUACAGGCCUAGUAGCCAUCUUUGUAGUGUGUAUUCAUUGUGUGAAGUGAUGGUAUCUGUGAUGUUCCAUCCCUACCCUGCCUUGCCCCCCCCCCACUUUCUUUUAGUUCUUUCAAACAAGUUCAAAAAAGAAAGAAAGAAAAAGAGAGAGAGAGAGAGGGAGAGAGAGAGAGAGAGGGAGAGAGGGAGGGAAGGAGGGAGAGAGAGAGAUUUUGGCAAAUGGGAGAAAAUGUAGUAUUUGUCUGACUGAGUCUGGCUAUCUUGUUAAAUAUAAUGGUCUCCGAUUCCACUUAAUUUCAUGCAAACGGCAUAAUUUCAUUUUUCUUGAAGGCUGAAUACAACUUGCUAUGCAAACAAACCACAUUCUCUUUACCCACGCAUCUGUCCGCAGACAUCUAAGCUAGCCACAUCACUUGACCAUUGUGAAUUAGCAAUCCGCUUGCACAUGUGAGCUCCCUGUGAAAGGCUGGCUUAUGUCCUGUGGAGUCUCCCCAGAGAACCGCAUGGGGUCUUACCUUCUACUUUCAGUUUAUGGAGACCCCUGCCCCCUGCACAACAAUUCCCAACAUGGUGGUCCUAGUGUGACCCCCACCCGCAGUGACAAAGUGUUCCCCUCACCCACGUCCGUAUCGGCAUUCUCCGUCUUGACGACAGCCAGACUGACUCUGGCAGAAUGAACUUCUGAUUGGUCUGUCCUUUGUGACUAAGGACAUGGGACAUUUUCUCAUCUUUAUGGGCCUGUGAUCGCUUUUAGGGACCUGUCUGUUCGGUUCGUUUGCGCAUUGACUUAUAGGGUGAUUGGAGAAUGUUUAUUCUUCACGGUCUCUACAGACACUAUCAAUCCUUGGAUGUGGCUUUGGCAAAGAUCAGUCACCCGACUGUCAUUUCUUAGCUCCGCUGGUGGCUUCUCUCGCUUUCAAAUUCCCUGCAGUCUCAUCUCUUGAUUCUCGAUGCUGCUUCUCCCCGAGCUGUUGGACUCCCUCAGAAAUCCCUGUGUGUGCCAGUGUCUCAGGGUGUUUCCUUAAAUUUCCUCUAACAGUUGUAAUUCCUGGUAUUAAAGUGAAUCUUUUGAUCCAUGCUGAACGUGUUUUCCGGAGAGCAGAAUAGAUCCAUUUCUGUUAUGUUACAAAUUUCCCCGGCACCAUCUGUCAAAAGAAAGAAAGAAAGGAAGGAAGGAAGGAAGGAAGGAAGGAAGGAAGGAAGGAAGGAAGGAAGGAAGGAAGGAAAAGGAAGAAAGAAAAAGAAAAAGAAAAAAAUUCCAGUAUCUGAUUUGAGCACCUUGUCAAAAAUCACUUGGCUGUCACUGUAUGGGUUCAUUUCUGUUCAUUUCUAUUUUUUUCCCUCAGGUGCAUGUGUGUUGAGACUGUUGGUGUGAGGCUGUUCCCAGAGAUUGUCCUUGGCCUUCCUGCUCCAACUGAGCUAAAAGCCCCACAAAUUUUGAACAGCUGAUCCUCCAAGGCCAGGGACAGAAGUUUGUCUCCUUUUCUUCUCAGCUGUGUGAUUCAGGCCUUCUUUCUGGCUGCAGCCUCUUUGAUUUUCAGUGGGGAUUCCGGGAUAUCACUAUCUGUGAUUCCUGGAGGUGGGCCUUGCAUGGAGAGGCAGGAGUACUGCAUAGCGGCUGGGCAGCUAGGGAGCUGGGCUAAAUCAGGGAUGGCAGCCAGGAGGAAGCAUUUUCCCAAGCAAGGAUGUAAAAAGAAAAAAUGAAAAAAAGCAAAUGAGGAGAGAUGAGAGGGAAACAGUCAUAGGAAGGAUCAGUCACAGAGGUCAUCUCGGGGGUCCUCUGAACUGAAGCUUCAGACAGAAAACUCCAUUCUAGAGCACUGUGGGAGCUGAGAAGAUGGCUCAGUGGGGCAUGCCUCACAAGCCUGAGGACCUGAGUUCAGAGCUCCUGUCCUCAUGUAAACGCCAGAUGGGCAUGGCAGGCAGCCCACCUGCGACCCUAGGACUAGAGAGGGAGAAAUGGGAUGCCCCAGGCAAUCUGACUAGGCAGUGAGAGACUGCUUCAGUAUAUAAGGUGGAGGAACACACUGGACAUCAAUCUCUAUCUUCUCCAUGCACACACAUACAUGUACAUACGUGUACAUACGUGUACCUGUGCACACGUGAACAUGCAUGCACACAUACACGUGCACACAGCUGUUGCCAUGUUGUGAUGAGUCACCAACAUACAAUUCUGCUUACUAGAACUUCAACCCAUGGAAGUUACCGGGCAAACUCACUGAGCUGCCUCAGGGAAGGAUUGACUCCCAGGUUCUUGUUGAAUCCCACCCAGCUUCAAGCCCCACCCAGUAAGUUGUUGAAGGACUCCCCCGCCCCAUUUCUGCUUAUCUUAGCCUCUUCUUUUUUGGAAGCCUCCCAAAUGUGCGGUUUUGCCUGUAUCAAGCCUUCUGCGUCCGUGGGCGCCUAGCUUGGCCAAGGGUAGAGGGAAAAGGGAAUCUCUCUCAUCUGCCCUGCUGCGCACCAAAUACUCAAUUAACCUUCAGCUUGGCACCAGAUCAGUUUUAUGUCUAUCUCAAAGCCUGUGCGUGACAGAGAGGCUCAAACCAUUAACUCAGAGUCCUUCCCCACAGCCAGGCCAGGGCAGCAUCAUCUGGUGGAGAAUCGAAAAGGAUGGGGUCCUCUCUCCUUGUUACCCAGCAGGUGAACUGAAUGUUGUCACCCCUGUUUCCCUCCUCAAAGCAUUUUGGGGUUGCCCUGUACAAAUGUCAGAAGGAGCUCAGGGAAGAAGGAACGUCUAGUCCUGUAGGGCCAGACAGUGAUGGCAGGCAGGAGGGGACACUAGGGUGACACCCCAGAGACCUGGGGCUGGGGGAAGUCUCAGCUGGCUGUGGACAAGCUCCUGUGGGUCUCCAGUGUGUGAGCCUUUCCCUCUGACUGGCUCUUUCCUCACAGCUCAUACUAGAGAAAGUUAUGUUAUCAAGGGGGCUGGAGAGGCAGCUCAGUGGGGAAAACGCUUGCUGUACAAGAUCUGAGUUCAAGACCGAAGCACUUACAUAAAGCCAAGUGUGACACCACACUUCUGUGAUCCCAUUGUAAGGAGAGAGGCAGAGACAACCACCAGUUAUCUGGACUACACUCACAAUAUUCUGGGCUCCUCCAAAGGUCACUUCUAAGGGUCUGCCCUCUGCAGCACACACAGCUGGUCUUCUAGGCUCCAGCUGGCCCCAUUCCAUUGCUGCUGUUCUUGGUGGUCCUCCCAUGGUAUAGACAUCUCCAAAAAAUGUUGGGUCCCUGCUGCAAUUGAGUUGCACCUCCACCAACAGCCUCACCGUGGCUCUCUUCAGAGGCCCCAGUCCUGCCACACAGUGCCAAGCCUCAGCUGUUCUUCAGGACCCCUUCAUGCCUUCAAAACCAGGACUACUUGGUGACUCUUACAGUACCACAUUCAGUUGCCAGCACAAGGUACAACUUUGGUGGCUCCUGGAUCACAGGUUCUGUGGUGCUGACCCUGAGAAAACCCUUCCCAGAAGAUUUCACCUCAGCGAUGCUUCUUAAUGACAGCUGGUUCUUGGUUGAUGAGCAGCAUCCGUUUUCCCACUGAAGCAAAGGUUUAACUUUACUGUUUCUUGUCUCUUGUUAAUCAAGUGCCAGCUAGCCAGGAAGCACAGAUUCUUCACACAAAAACACCCAGUAAAGUCUUUGCUUCCCUCUGAAACCUUACAGACCAAGCCUUCAUCGUCUACACUGCCCGCAACCGGUCUCGUCUUCCAAGCUCCUGCAGAACAGCUCACUGAGCUCUCAACACUCAGUGGCUUUUCUAGUGCAAGGUUCCAAAGUCCUUCCUCAACUGUUCCUAAAACACAUGAUCAGGUCUGUCACAGCAGUACCCCAUUAUCCUGGUGCCAAUUUCUGCCUUGGGGUUUCUAGUGCUGGGAUAAAAUACCAGGAUCAAAGAAACUUGUGCAGAAAAAGGUUUAUUUGGCUUACGUUUCCAUUCAUCACUGAAAGAAGUUAGGGACAGGAACUCAAGCAAGGCAGGAACCUGGAGGCAGGAGCUGAUGCAAAAGCCAUGGAGGGGUGCUGCUUACUGGCUUGCUCCGCAUGGCUUACUCAGCCUGCUUUCUUAUAGAACCCAGGACCACCAGCCUACGGAUGGCCCCAUCCACAAUGGGCUGGCUCCGCCCACAAUGGGCUGACCCCGCCCACAAUGGGCGGAGCCCUGCCCUAUCAAUCACUAAUUAAGAAAGUGCCCUACAGGCUUGCCUACAGACCAAUUGUGUGGAGGCGUUUUUUUCUCAAUUGAGGUUCCUUCCUUUUUGAUAACUCUAGAUUGUGUCAAGUUGACACAAAACCAGCCAGCACAGGGAAUAAGAAAUCUCUCCAUAGAUACCCGGCUAGAGCUCCCCUGUGUGACAUGAGGGUAAAGAACCUGACUGCACGGUGUGCGUGUCCUGAGACGUUGUGUGAGGCCAGAAUGAAGCAUGGCGGGCUCUAGGUACGGCCAGUCGAGGCUUGUGGCUGCCAUCUGGGUCUGCAGUGAGAAAGAGCCUAAGUUGAGCAGAGUGACAAGAAGUUUGUGAGGUUUGGAGCUGUUGAAAGGACCGGGCCUUUCAGAAACCACCGGUUCCACACAGGAUGACAGGACAGGCACUGGGAGGAUACUGGAAGUGCCAAGAUCAUGGAGCAUCUGCCAAGGAAAGGUGCAGACACAGAGAAGAGGCAGACCAAGAGAGGAUGCAGGAGCUGCAGGCAGUAGAACUGGAGGAGAGGGGCUACCCAAUGUUAUUCCAUCAUGAACCCCAGAUGCCUAACAUGAAGCAGAAGGGUUUGGGGUUUCCCCAGCUGGGUUUCUGUCUUCCUCUGGUCUGAGAUUUUCUUGCCGCGCCUUCUUUCCAGCUAUUUGGAGUGAUGCAUUCACUCUGCCAUCGUGUGGCAGAAAUACAGAAUUUGCCUUUUGACUUUAGCUCACAGCUUGAGGACUAUUUAAAGACCCUGGCGACCUUUGGCGUUGGGUUGAGUGCAUUUCAAGCAGAGACUUCCGUGGAUGCCAUAUGGGUCUCAGGGAUGGAACGCUAUGGAGUGGUUGUGAGAUGACCUCCGCAGAUCUGUGUGUUUGAUUAUCUAGUUCCCGACUAGGUAAAUAUUGUGGAGCCUUUAGGAAGUGGAGCCUACCUGGAGAAAGUUAGCCACUGGGGGAAGGGGGUCAGGUUUUGAGAUUAUUACGGUCAGCCCCACUUCCUGUCCACACUCUAUUACUUCCUGAGUGUAGACGCAGUGUGACAGGAUGAUUCGAGUUUAUGCUGCUGUGCUUCCUGGUCAAGACGGACCGUGUCCCUUGAGGCAAAACCACAUACCCAUACACCCACACACUCACACUCCCUUGAGUAGCUUCUUGUCAGAAUGUGAUCACAGCCAACUGACACACUGUGGAAGCCCAUAGGCAGAUUGGGGACCUCAUUUAACAAAACAGAAAGUGGUCAAGACCCAACCCUGGACUUCACUGGAUCAUGGACUAAGCAAGCGGCUACCCUGUGUGGGCUAUGAGUUAUUAUUAUUUUACAACCCAGCUCCAUUGCCAGCUGAUUUUUGAGUGCCUUAAAGCUGCAUAUAUAAAUGGGCUUGCCUCUCCACUGAAAUUAGCCAUUUGACAGAUGAAUCAUUCGUAUGCCAUGUAUAUAAUUCAUAUUUAAAUAAGUGCAUAAGCUUCUGCAUUCUACCAUAUGUCUGCCUGCCUAAAUCAGCUUGCACAUGCCUCUUGAUCAACCCUUCGAGGGCAGAAUAUCUACGUGAGGGUCUAACACUUGUCUGGAAGGAGUAAAGGGUUGGCUGAUCAUUUCUUUCUGUGUACACUGUGGGAGGCAAACUCCAGUUGCGUAGUUACAAACCCCAUCUCCCCAUAUCCAGGCUCCAGACCAUCUCCUCCCCACCCCACCCCAUUUUCCUGUCUUUCAGAGUGCUUCUAAAAUACUUCCAAAACGCAACACAGAUGGGGGUUACUUGCCAAAAAUAAAGGCACCCAGAUUAACAGGGUUCACAUCGGCUCUGUUAGUUACUCUUAACAGCAACCGAUGAAACAAAGUUAAUCACCACCAAGGGAGAUAAAAUAAAUGAGCUAAAAUAACAAUGCAGGAUGUUCCCCAGAGAGCAGACAACACUUUCUUAAGGAGGAAGGCCUGACAUCUGAGCAGACUACAUUGUGUCUGUGACAAUGUGGGGACUGGAGAUGCCACCAUUGCGGGCAGUGAGACCGGUCCCUAUGGUGUUGCUUGUAGCUGUUUGAUCCCAUUUUCUGACACAUAGGCCUCCAGGUUAUCCCAUGCCACAUUUCUUGGAGACACAGGCCUGUGGCAUUCUCAGAGAAUGGUGUAAUCUGUGAGUUAAGAGCCUAGGCUCACUGGGCAGUGGUGGCACACACCUUUAAUCUCAGCAUUUGGAAGCCAGAGGCAGGUUGAGUUCAAGGCUAGCCUGGUCUACAGACCUGGUCUACAGGCUACACAGGGAAACCCUGUCUUGGAAGAUAAGGAGAAAGAAAAAAAAAGAUGCCAGGCUCAGCACAGGCAGACAUACUUGCCUUGAGCCCUAGGUAUCCUGUGGCUUGCAUAGGUGGCUUCUUCUAAUUGACCUCCAGUUUGUCUGUCUGCAAAGUGGAAGCAGUCCUCCAGUGUGGGAAGUGGUGUGAGUGCUUAUCCUGUCACAGGAAGCAUUGUUUCUCUGAAGCUUGGUGUGGUAUCCGGAAUGGUUUGCAGCUGUCCAGUAGGGCUGGCUGCUCCGAUGAAGGCCCUGAGGACGACUGAGGACAGUGUGAAUGCUGAGAGCUCAGGGAUGACACACGGACGUGCCUGGGGCCAAAUUGGACUAGACUUGAAGAUGCGGUGUACACAAUGCGCAGGGUUCCUGACGUGCCAGUUAACCAGUAACUUUCAGGGCCAAGAAAAAUGGGAGUUCGAGCCCCCAGGGAAGUGUUGAAACACUCUCUGAGAAAGCAUGGCUCCUAGAGGCUGCCAUAGGACCAGGUGAUGGGGGGCCCCUUCCGGUGCUGAAACGGGAAAAUUCAGUUAGGGUCCCACCUUAGUUUGGAUUAUACUAUUGCUGUGGCGGUGAAACGCCAUGGCCAAAAGCCAGUUUGGGGGCGGGGGGUCAUUCCGUUCAUGUGUCCACAUUGAGGUUCAUCAUGGAAGGAAGCUGGGGACCGGAGCUCAAGCAGGGUGGGAACUGGAGGCAAGAACUGAUGCAGAGGCCAUGGAGAGGUGCUUUCUACUGGCUUUGGUUCUUUCCUGCUCAACUCUGACCAGUAGACCAGGCACACACAGCAGUAAACACUACACAGGGAGUUGGAAGGAGAUGGCAGGGGAUGGGGACAAUUGUCCAUCAGCUUCAAACACAUCACUUGGCCACCUGCUGGACCUCGUGGCCUCUGGCUGGGGAAACCAACAUGCUGCUCCCUCUUAGACCCUCCAGGGUGCCCUGUUCCCAGUGAGAUGGACAGCCAACACUGAAACUCUGAUCUAAAGUCCUCGCCUGUCACACCCCUUCUACCUUCCUUCCUGCUGUCUGUGCCCUCUGGCCCUUGUCUGUGUCCUCUGACCUUUGUCUGUGCCCUCUGACCCUUGUCUGUGCCCUCUGACCCUUACCGUCAUGUUUCAUCUUGAAUAACCCCAAAUAGGCUUUUGUUCCAGGUUGUUGAAGGCUGGCAGGUCAUGUGAUACCGAGCAGUGCCUCACCCUGCACUCGUCUCAGCACCUCAUGAAGACUUAGCCCAGUGUGGUGGCUUUGGGGAGAUUCUGGUCAGUCCUCCUCAUGUCCACCAGUUUCCUCCAUGCUACCCCAAGGCAGCCUCCCCCAGUAGCAGAUGUCUGUCUGUCUGUCUGUCUGCCUUGCAAAUGUCUUAGGAUGUAAGUCCUGGAUUCCUGUCCCCUGAACAUUUCCAAGUAACAGGGAGCCCCGAGAGUCCUACUACGUUGGAUUUGUGGAGUUGUCACCUUCCCUGCACGUAGUAGAUGCUCAAUAAUUAUGAGAGAGCCAGGUAGAGUCUCGAGCUCCAAGCACCACAGGCAUCAAGCAUCUAUUGCUCCUGCAAGAGCUGGGUGAGGCUCGAGUGAGCAGUGAAGACUGGUCAGUCCUGCCUGAGUUGGAUUUCAUGAUCACAAGCUCCAGGCAGGAGGAGAUCAGGCUGGCUUCCUUCCUUUAUCCCUUAGCAAUCUACACAUAGUAGCCAAGACUUGAACGGUGCAAGCAGUUUUCAUGUUAAGUCUCCCAAGAUUUAUUUGUUCUACAUAAAAAGAAAGAGCUGUGUGCUUGGAUAACGAUAAACAGACUUUUAUUUUGAAUAAUCA